ACAAAAUCAACCUUUUCUUUUGUCCAUUAUGUUGAAACUUUUCAAGACAAGAGCUUCAAUUGAACCAACUUGUGGCUAUAAAAACACCACAUCAUAAACACUGUAGAGGUUUACACUUAGCAGAGAAACAUUAGGGACCUUUCUUUUGGUUGCUCAUUGAGGCCUUUUAGGCCCUUACAAGAUUACCCUACUGUUGAUAGUUUGAAGUUGGAGGUUUGCUUAACCAAUUCUUCAAGAUAAAUCACCAUAUGGAUUCAGGUUCGCCAUAUCACUGGCUGAGGGAAUUGAGAUAUGACUCUCAUGGCUCAAAUCCAAUGAUCCCUCUUAUUGAGUGUGCAAAAUGUGUUGCAUCUGGAAGCAUAAAAACUGCUGAUAUUGGACUUGAGUAUAUUUCUCAGAUUUCAUCACCUCAUGGUAAUGGUGUACAAAGAAUGGUCACUUAUUUCAGUGAAGCACUUGGAUACAAGAUAGUUAAACAUUUACCUGGCGUAUACAAAGCUCUCAAUUCCUCGAAAAUAUCAUUGUCUUCAGACGACAUCCUUGUUCAAAAAUACUUCUAUGAUCUGUGUCCUUUUUUGAAGUUUUCAUACCUGAUCACAAAUCAAGCAAUUAUCGAAUCGAUGGAACGUGAAAAGGUGGUGCAUAUUAUUGAUCUCCAUUGUUCCGAGCCAGCACAAUGGAUAAAUCUUAUACAAACUUUAAAGAAACGUCCGGGAGGUCCGCCCUUUCUGAAAAUUACAGGAAUUAAUGAAAAGAAAGAGGCAUUGGAGCAAAUGAGCUUUCAUUUGACAACCGAAGCAGGGAUUUUGGAUUUUCCUUUACAGUUCAAUCCAAUAAUUAGCAAACUUGAAGAUGUCGAUUUUGAAAACUUGCCUGUCAAGACAGGAGAUGCUGUUGCAAUUUCUUCUGUUCUUCAGCUGCAUUCUCUCCUUGCUACUGAUGAUGAAAUGGUCUCCUCAUCAGGUGCAGCAUCUUUCAAUAUGCAGAGAGCAGCGCACUUGGGUCAGAGGACUUUUGCAGAGUGGCUAGAGAGAGACAUGAUCAAUGCAUAUAUCUUGAGUCCGGAUUCAGCAUUAUCACCUCUUUUUUUAGGUGCUUCACCUAAGAUGGGGAUCUUUCUUAACGCUAUGCGAAAACUACAACCAAAACUUUUAGUGAUUACUGAACAGGAAUCAAAUCUGAAUGGAUGUAAUUUAACGGAGAGAAUCGACCGAGCAUUGUACUUUUACGGUUCACUUUUUGACUGCUUGGAAUCUACUGUUACAAGAACAUCAGUCGAGAGACAAAAACUCGAGAGCAUGCUUCUUGGAGAGCAAAUAAAGAACAUCAUUACUUGUGAGGGAGUCGAUAGAAAGGAAAGGCAUGAGAAGCUCGAGCAAUGGAUUCAAAGACUUAAAAUGGCUGGAUUUGUGAAGGUACCUUUGAGUUACAAUGGGAGGAUAGAAGCGACAAAUCUAUUGCAGCGAUAUAGUCAUAAAUACAAGUUUAAAGAAGAAAAUGAUUGUUUACUUGUUUGUUGGAGUGACAGACCACUUUUUUCUGUAUCGGCCUGGAAAUUUAGGUGAUGAUUCUUGAUAUACAUGCCGGAAUAUGAAAGUCAAAGUUAGAAGAUUAAAUGUUUUUAUUUUCUGGAUUUUAUAAGUGUUUCAAAGAAGUAAAACAACAUAUCCUUAUUGUAUUGUUGUUAAUGUUAAUAUCAAUUUAUUUCUGUAUAAUAAAUUUUA